GAGUGUGUCUGUUCAGUAAUUUAUUCCGGAAAAGCGAAAGAUGUUACCAAGAUGCGGACCUUGGAGCAGAGGUUGUCGCACAGCUGGGCGCACGCUAGCACUUAAUCGGCGCUCAAAUAUAUUUCGACUCCCAAAUGAUUUACGAAGACCGCCCGACAAUGUACGAAGUCGCGCAAGUAAAUUACUCAAACUUCUGUGAAGAUCGAAAGAAAUUACUGAACAGACACACUCUA